GGAAGUGGCGGCGGGUGGGCGAGACUUGGUCUUAUUGAAUACGUCGACAAGGGAGAGACGGUCCCACUUUCAAGACCACCUCAGCAAACUCCUAGGACUAGAAACUAACUUAGUAGCCAAACUCGUUCACUAACCAGCAACUGCAGCUAAAAGACGUCAAGUAGCAGCAGCAGCACCACCACUUGAACAACAAGAAGACAACAAGAUGGUGGCCAAGCAGAGGAUUAGGAUGGCCAACGAGAAGCACAGCAAGAACAUCACACAGAGGGGAAACGUGGCCAAGUCCACGAGGAACCUGGUGGACGACAAAGGCGUCGGACCCUGGCUGCUCGCCCUCUUCCUCUUCGUCGUCUGUGGAUCAGCUAUCUUCCAGAUCAUCCAAAGCAUCCGGAUGGGCAUGUAGUGAUGAGAUCAUCAUCGCACGGCCGACGAUGACAUCUGUCGCCGUGACGCAACCUCGGCUGCCGACCUCACCGAUACAUUCCUGAACUUUGACCUGCGAUCAUUCCUGACCGGAUCCGCCACACGUGUGGGACAUGCACGUGCACACGUGUGCGGUUGUUUGCCAAACGUGUCGCCGCAGAUGACCUUCUCACUGUUGUUUAUCUGUGCCAAAGCCCCCCCCCCCCCCCCCCCGCUGAUGAGGCCUUAUUGGACAGACAGACGGGGGCGGGGUCAAAGUGCACCUGAUGACCAAAACACAGAGUGUGUGCGUGAGGGAGACAAUAAAGUUUGUUUUGAACACCGUG